AAAAUGUGUUUGUCACUGCUGCCCAUUCGGAUUGAGCUUUGGGAAGCGGCACAGCGGCCGCAUCCGCUUUGCCAGUCCACUAUCAGCACCGGGAUGGAGCGGUUUGGCCCGCAUCUCACCCUGCUAGUGGCAGCGCUUGCCUGCCUGUCGGCACUCGACCAGCCCGGCAUCUACCGGAAGUAUCUGCGCACGCGCAAACCCUCCCAGCCGGCCGAGCUGCACGUGGAGGAGGUGCUGGAGGUGUUCCGCACCGAGGCGCAACCUUCACGGUACGGCGUGGGCAACGCGCUGGUGAAUCGCUUCCUUGCCCGGCAGCUGCAGCUCCAGCUACAGACCAGUACGUCAACGACGACGACGAGGAGGACCACUGCGGCAACGACGACGACGACGACGACAGAGCGCCCCGAGCACACCACCUUCCGGACGCCGGUGUACGAGAACCAGAACCCGAACUACAACUACCUGUUUCGGCCAUCGAUCACGGCGACCAAAUAUGGCGGCAAGCCGGCAGCGGGCACCAUCGUCAUCAAGGAGGCGGAUUCACUGUCAACGGCGGCAAACAAUACGUCGCCCAAUAACCCCGAGUGUCCCAAACACCAUAAAGCGGACAUAUGGGGCUACUGCCGAAAGGUGGUACAGUUCUGAUCGGUGCUGGCGCUGAUACGACCACGAGUGUUUUUGUUGUUGUUUUGUGUGUGUAUAUAUAUUGGAUUCUGCAAUGUUUGCUUCCUUGAAAAGGGACAAAACAAACAGCAUCGUUGUACCAGUUCUUCCAAGACGCACGACGCAAGCUGGAGCUCAAAAAGCAGACCUACUUUAAACUCUACUCGUCUAUAAACCUCACGUUACCCCUAUCAACUGUUAUCAAUUUACGGCACCGCACGUCCAGUGCUUCUGAAUAAAAGCUACCAUCGUUCUAACUA